CGAACCAGGACCCGGAGGGCGAACCAGGACCCGGAGGACGAGCCAGGACCCGGGGGGCGAACCAUCAGUGUCUCUGUCCCGCGUCCUCCCUCGCAGGCUACAGGCGGAUCGGCGGUCUCCCGGUGAGGCAGGAUGGCCGGGGAGUCCUCCGUUAACUUCUCCCUGCUCCACCACUGUAAGCUGGUGGUCCUCCUCUGCUUCCUCCACAUCUCCGUCACCGUCGUCUUCUACGUCCGCUCCCUGGACCUCCGGUUCGCCUUCGUCCAGAACCAGCAGUCCCGGAACACCGCCAACACACAGACGGGCCGGGUCAGACCCGCAGAGCUCAGCCGUGUCACACAACCGAGGGAGGCCCGGGAGGAGGCGACCGCGGAGCUGGUCCCGCAGCAGGAGCAGAGAGACGAGCCCAGACCCCCGGAGGAGGAGCAGAAGGAGCCGGAGAGGAGGCUGGAGAGAUGCCCAGAAACAUCGCCUCUGCUCGUGGGUCCUCUGCGGGUGGAGUUCACCACACCGGUGAACCUGGAGCAGGUAGCGAAGGACAACCCCAACCUGCAGCCGGGCGGACGCUUCAAACCCAAAGACUGCGUGGCGCAGCAGAAGGUUGCCAUCAUCAUCCCCUUUCGCAAACGAGACGAACACCUCAAAUUCUGGCUGUACUACCUGCACCCCAUCCUGCAGAGACAGCAGCUGGACUACGGAGUCUAUGUCAUCAACCAGGACGGAGACGAGACCUUUAACCGAGCCAAGCUGCUGAACGUGGGCUACACGGAGGCUCUGAAGGAGUACGACUACGAGUGCUUCGUCUUCAGCGACGUGGACCUGAUCCCCAUGGACGACCGCAACACCUACAAGUGCUUCAGCCAGCCGCGACACCUGUCCGUGUCCAUGGACAAGUUCGGCUUCAGGUUACCGUACAAUCAGUAUUUUGGAGGCGUGUCCUCUAUGAGUAAAGAGCAGUACCUGAAGAUCAACGGCUUCCCUAACAACUACUGGGGCUGGGGAGGCGAGGACGACGACAUCUACAACAGGUUGUCCUCCAAAGGCAUGUCCAUCUCCAGACCGAGCGCCGAGACCGGGAAGUGCCGCAUGAUCCGGCACGAGAGGGACCACAAGAACGAGCCCAAUCCUCAGAGGUUCAACCGGAUCGCUCACACCAGAGAGACGAUGCACAGAGACGGGGUCAACUCUCUGUCCUACAGAGUGGUGAAGACGGAGAAGUUUGCGCUGUACACGAAGAUCACGGUGGAUGUGGGGAAGCCUUGACGACGAGCCGCAGAGGUCAGCUGACAGGAAGAGGAGAGCGGGACUGCUGCAGUAAAACCAAACGGUGCCUUCGGGUUCCAGGCGUGCUGGACUCCACAUCAGCUGUUUCUUUGAUUUUCCUCUUUUUGCACAGACUCAAACUUUGUGUCGUCGUGUUUUGUUUUUUUUUUCUCUGCCGGGCCGCCGAGACUCGUCUCUGAUUGGUCCGUCAGACGCUGCUGCGACACAUCCUGAACGAGCCUUUUAUUUUGAAAAUCAAUCAGGGCUGCUGGGUCACAUGGUGCGGGCCGUAAUGGUGGAGGUGGAGGAUUGUGGGUAGUAAACGGGGUGCGUUUAGGUCUGUCCUGAUCCGGGUUCUUACCGGCUUUAACCGGCCUCACGGUCUUCUUCAGCGAGGGGGGGCGGGCUCAGGUCUGACGCUGUUACCGUGACAACAGAUCCAACUCUGCUGAUGAAGACUGAGAGACGAGGACAGCAAGCGGCCGGAGAGUCGAGAUUAUUAUGGUCUGCUUUAGUUUUUUAUCCCCGUAAGAAACCAAAAUAAUCCAAAUAAUCUGAAACUCAAGGGCCACUUACUGAUUUUACUUGAGCUUUAACCCUUCAGUGACCAGAUCUAAGCACACAAUGAUGUGUGUGUGUGUGUGUGUGUGUGUGUGUGUGUGUGUGUGUUAGUCUUUGAUAAUCAGGUGAUUAAUUGCUGUUUC